AUGGAGAAUGCGAAGACAAGAUCACUUCAGCUAGACACGAAACCGAACGCGCGCGACACGAAAUCACGUGAUCGAGCGCAAGCUGUAAAUGGGGAAGUGGGAAAGUGGGAAAGUGGGCACUGGCCGUUGUCCCUGGAGGGGCAGUCCUUCGCUGGAAACCUGCAGCAGGCUUCGAUGGGCACCGUCAUCGAGCCACCAGCCACUCGAUGCUCCGGCUCGAUGGUAGUCCGGUACGGCACGAAACCUCCACUGCAUCCCUUGGUCAUCAAUCCGGCACCCGGUUCUGAGGCGACAGUCGAGAAGAAGAUGUCACAACCAACGUCGACCGAGACUCCGGCACUGACUCCCCAGUUCUGCUUCAAUCAGAGAGCUCUCCAAGAUUUUCUCCGUUUGUCUCGGUCCACCAUUGAUGACUCUAUAACACAAAACUUGAAUGCGCUAGUCACACCGUCUCAACGGGGAUGGGAUCCGUCCUCCACCGCCGCGCGACAGACAGGCUCGCCGUCUCAAAAGGCCAUUGACCCCUCAGCGUGCCAAGGGUUCAAAGACAACGUGCUAUUCCCGUCCUGGCAGACCCGAUCAGAUGUGCUCAACUAUUGUGCGGGAGUGGCCACGAGUCCUGACCCAGAUGACCCGGACUUGAUCUUGCGGGAGACGGAAUCAGCCCGGGAUCGGGAACGAGUGGUGAAUGAGCGAUUGGAUCCGUACUCGGCUCGCUUUUUCCCACGAGAGGCUCGCACGGAAUCACUCGCCAAUUUGAUCCGUAACCAGAGGACCGUAGAAGAAAUCAUCCGGAGUCGGACGUGGGCCUUGGUGACGGAGAAAUGUGCCGAACCUUCAUCCUCAUGGGAGGAUGCGUUGAACACAUGGCGGAAGGAUCAUUCACGAUGA